AUGUUUGCCGAAGAUUCACAACUGAUGACCGUUUAUGAGCCAUUAUGGAUAACAAAGAAAUGGAACAAAGAAGACAUUAGUCAGAUACCGAAUUGGACCAAAAACGUUCUCGAUCUUCUACGAGGAAUUUUAAGUUGUAAGUUCUCUGAAACUGCUGCUGGCGUUAAAUUCCUCUCGCACACCUCACGGCAAUGGAGUGGAGCAUAUGUUAAAAACCCUUUUCGGUCUCAAAACUUUUGCCCUAACUGGGAAUGUAGAGAUCUUGCUAGUAAUCCCACAUACGCCGACAUAGUAUGCCUAACAAAAUACAAACACAGUGUAACCAAAAUAGGGGAGCCCAGGACACCCAAUGGUUUAAUUUCGUCUUUUCUUCCAAAGCUAUUCCUAGAGAAUCCCGACACCGACAUCCGGGUUAUCCAGCUUAUUCGAGAUCCCACAGGGAGUUUAAGAUCCCGGAUUAAGCUAAAAUGGAUGGUAGACUGGAAGCAUUCCAGUUUUCCAAACGUAGUCAGAAAAAUAUGUUCAAACUUGGCCACAAACAUCAAGUUUGGCCGAAAUCUGGGCAAAUGGCAAGACAAGUACUUAGAAGUACACUAUCAUGAUCUAGCUGGAAAACCGCUGGAAACGACAAGAGCUAUGUAUGAGUUUGCAGAAUUUAUAAUGCCCGAUAGCGUUGCUGACUGGGUUGUUCGCAAUACUUCACCAACCAAAGAAGAAUUGAUGAAGGAAAAAAACAAUAUCUUCUCGCCAGUUCGAAACUCUACCGCUAAUAUUGAAAAGUGGAGGCAAGAUUCCCCAGUCGAAAGAAUUCGAAUAAUUGAAAAAUAUUGUCAAGAAGCACUUGAUCUUCUAGGACUGAAAAAAAUGCUAUAA